AUGACUUCUUCUUCUUCUCUGCCUACUCGACUUCUCAUUAGUUUCUUCUCGACGUUCUUCUUCUUCUUCUUCUUCCUGCCUAAAAGAUUCUUCUUCUUCUUCUUCUUCUUCUUCUUCUUCUUCUCACUUUAUCCUGUCUUCUUCUUCUUCUUCUCUGCCUACUCUGACUUCUUCUUCUUCUUCUUCUUCUCUACCUAUCUCCUUCUUCUUCUUCCUUCUUCUUCUCCUGCCUAUUUUUCUUCUUCUUCUCUGCCUAAAAAUUCUGCCUACUCUGGGGAUGUUCUUCUUCUUCUUCUUCUUCUUCUUCUUCUCUGCCUACUCUGUCUUCUUUUCUUCUUCUCUGCCUACUCGGAUUCUUCUUCUUCUUCAUGGCUAUUCUUCUUCUUCUUCUUCUUCUUCUCUGCCUACUCUGUCUUCUUCUUCUUCUUCUGCCUACCUGAUUUUCUUCUUCUUCUUCUUCUCUGCCUAGAUUUUCAUCAUGGAUUCUUCUUCUUCUCUGCCUCUGACUUCUUCUUCUUCUUAUCUUCUUCCUCCUGUUUCUUCUUCUUCUUCUCUAUACGAUACCUUCUUUUCUCUUCUGCCCCUACUCUGAAUUCUUCUUCUUUAUUCUUGUUAUUAUUCUUUCCUCUUCUCUGA